GUUUUGAGAGUUUGCGAAGCCACGGACGAGCGCAAGAUUAACGUGAGAUUCUGUUUCGAUUGAAGGUUCUUUUUUCCUGCCGGUGUUUUCGCGAAAAUAAAAGCCAACAAAUCACACGGCCACGAUGAAUGGACUUAUCAAACUCCUGCCCAUCCUUGUUCUGGUGCUGGUUGGCCAGGGCUCUUCCGCGCCACAGGGUGACAUUACAGCCGAGUAUCCCAACGGUGCCUUCAACGACCCUGUGCCGAACAAUGAGCACAACCAGAAGUUCCAAGACUACGCCAGCGUCCUGACGCGCUUCGACGAGUGGGUCACCGGCAAGAAGGUUCCCAUUCCGGCCGAUCCGGCAACCGAUGCGCUCCACCAGCAGCUGCCAGCGGAUGCACCGGAUUUCAGCAAUGUAGCGGCUCGCGUUGCUCGCGCUCCGGCCCCCUUUGACGAUCCCGUGCCGCAGGGAAGCGAAGCCAUCCCGGCCUACAAUGCGUACAUCAGCGAGCUGACGCGCUUCGAUCCGGCCGUCACUGGCAAGCGGGCUCCCGUUGCCGACGGACAUGCCGUCUUCAAGCGCGAAGAUACCACCGAUCAGGCGCUGAUCAGCAAGGACAAGGACUUUGGCGAGCACAUCGAGGACAAGGUGCCGGAAGCGACGGUGAGCGACCCGGCGUACGGGGACUUCAUCAAGGAGCUGAAGCGCUUCGACCCGUACCUCGUCGGGCACAAUGUGGAGAUUCCGCACAACGCUACGGCCGACCAGGUCUGGAAUAGUGGAGCGGACAAACAGUAACAAACGGUUGCAGCCAAACGGUUGUUUUGCUCAUAUUAG